UGACUUCCUGUGGAGUCUGGAACAUGUCCGUGUUGUUCGUGACUGCCCCCUGCUGCCGCCGCCCGCAUACUUCCGCCCAUCAGAAGGAGUGGCACGUGGCCUCAGCACGUCGUUAUGUUUGUAAUCGCGGUACAGUGGCCAUGUUGGAAGUUGUGAUUGAACGCUGUCCCGGUUCUCCUAAAUAGCUGAUUGUUAAGACCUCUCUAGUGUGCAAGUAGCAGUAUUGCCACUCUCUCCAUUCAGACCUUGCGACAGAGAUGAACACGACCCGAUUUAUAGUCGCGGUGCGGAGCGUGCGCGCGCAGACCUUCAUACGACCUCAGCCUGGUUUGUUCUCGAAGGUGCAGUACUGUCAACAGUCCACACAGCCCAUCCCUGCAGCCCGGCUGCCCUACAAGGUGAAAGUGUUGGCUGGGAAACCCCAUGCCUGGUGCGCUUGUGGGCACAGUAAGAAACAGCCUUUCUGCGAUGGAUCUCACAAGACAAAAGCACCAGGCAUCUCUCCAGUUAUCUUCACCCCUGACAAAGACAGAAAGGUCCUGCUGUGCGCCUGCAAGCAAACAAAAAACAAACCAUACUGUGACGGCACGCAUCUUAGGGUCAUCUUCCAGGAUUUACUGAAGUCUGUGAAAGGCGUCUUUAAAUAAACAGCAUUUGAGAGUUCUGCUGUGUGAGGCCUGGGAGCAGCACCUGCAGUACAAGUUAACAAGAGAAACCUUACAGUACCUUGUCUCGGCAGAAUGAGACGACUCAUUACCCUUGACAGCAUUAAAAUGAAGCACAUUACAGCUGUUUGCCUUUGUUGGAAAGUUGGGAAGAUUCAUCAUCUUCAUAUACAUUCUCUGUAUAGAGAAACUGUAUUUGAUAAUGCAUAUUUUCUUUGCAUUCCACAUUGUUAUACAAGUGCAUAACCCAUUAAAAUGCUUAUCUGAGGUCAUCAGUCCAACAGCCCCUUCACAUCCAGAUCGUUUUUGUAAAGUCCUGAAACUUUUAUCACAUUUUCUGUGUAUAGUUGUUUAUUUCUUUCAACUAAUUUUUGAAAAGAAAUGUUUCCAAUAUUUGUUCACGUCAAAAAAAAAAAGGUCUAGAGUUUGUCUGCAUGGUGAACUGAUUUCUGUCUGAUUUUUUUUAAGUUUAAUUCAGCUUGAACUUUUUUCAUUAUUUUACUGUUAUUACCAUUCAUUUUUUUUGUGCAGGGAUUAAAGGAUUAUUUAGUUCUUAGAAUGUUUACUCCGCCAGGAAUACUGCAUCUCAAAAAUGUUGGUAUCCCUUUAAAAAAACUCAUUAAGGAUAUAUUAAAAUGUUAAUUGCAGGACGGGGUCACAAUGCACAGAGAUCCUGAUUUAUGUGUCCUCUGCUAUCUUCAGCUCUGGCCUUAAAGGUUAAUGUUGAAUAAACCCAUGAAAAUGUU